GAAAAUCUCUUCUCAAUAUUAGGACUAGACUCCAAAUAUGUCUUCACCAAGUCAUAAAUGCAAAAUAAAAGAUUCCUGGUUUCAGUAAUAUUUUGAUUUUCCCUACUUUCAGAUAGUUACAUUAAAGCUUAAAACUUGUCAAUCCCAGUUCAGUCAGCAGCCGUUAGUCCACAAUGCAUUUCACCUCUCUUUCUCUUUCUCUCUCUUUCUUUCAUGAUAAGGUGAUUUGUUUUUAUUCAUACCUGAAAAGGAGUUUAUUUAUGCUUAGUCACAGCACACUAUCUCGUUUCACGCCAAAAAUCCUUUCGUCAUUGUCACAGUUUGUUAAGCCAAAAACCUCUACCCAGUUCUUUGUUUAUUACUUUCCUUAAUUCUAUUGCUCACCUUUUCCUUGCCUACUUCUGAAAUCUUUUCUUUGCCCUCCCUUGCUCUUUAUAUAUUUUUCUCUGCCCCCCUUGCUCCUCUAAGCUUUGUCACUGCAACCUAUAACUCUCAUUGUUCUCCUUGUCUGUUUCUUUUUAUAUGUGUUUUAGUGUUCUUUCUUGAAAAGGGUCUCUGUUCUUAUAAUGUAAUCUUGAUCAAGUUGUCCUUUUUGCCUCCUUUCUCUGUUUGAUUAAUGUCCUUUUCGUCAAAGCUGUUUUAAACUUGUUCUGGUAUAUUUCUAAUUAUGGAUUCUCGUUAAUCUUGUUCCACUGCCAGUUUGUUCUGGUUUAUUUCGAUCUUGAAGCUUUCUUCUUAGAUUUUGUUAAUGCUCAUUUGCUUCAAAUUGUUUUAAACGAUCACCAAUGGAGAUUAGGAUGAUGGGUUUUCGUUAAUUUUCUGGUACUUGCUUUCAAACUCUUUAAACUUUAGCUUGUCUGAGAUUUCUGCCUGGUUUUUAGCAUGUAACAUUGUACUAUGUAAUUUGUCAAAUCUAACUGCCUUUGAUAUUGUAGGUUUACUUCUGGCGCGAUUUAGUUGAUGUCAAGAAGCUUUUUUUUUUUUUUCUCUUUUUGGAACAAUGAGGUAAAAAGAAGUGAUUAUAAAUCUGAGUUUUGUUGAAUUUGAUCGUUAGUUGAGAUCUGAAGAUAUGGAGAGCAUCUUUUCUUUCCGUUAAGACCUUGCGUAAAUUCACUCAUGGAAUUUGCUCGUUAGCAUCCUUCACUUUUUACAGAAAGAUUGAAUUUCAGGUGCUUUGAUUCGUAUCUAAUUUGAUUCCUUUCACCUGUCAUAGCAAUAUACCCCAAAUAUUCUUUACAAAUUCUUCGAAAUGUAAAUUUCUUUUUGUUUGAAUAUUUAGUUAUAGCCCUUUUCAAGGGUCAAUUAUACAUAUGAAAAACGAUAAAUUCACAUAAUUUUUUUUUCUUAAAUCUAAUAAUGACCAACCAGUUCUUGUCCUUCUGCCCAUAAUUUCCCCAACUUAGCUUAGCUUAUGCAAGUUUAGUUACCAUACUGGCCUCUCGAGUCCUUUAAUCUUUGUUUGUGUGUUGUGUCUUGUAUUCUGUCUACAUCAGUUGUCUGUCAAACUAAAAAAAAAAAACUUGGAAAAGAAAAACGUUCUUGUUUGCACAAUAUUGAGCUACCAUGGAAGAAACUUUUGUUCCAUUCCGUGGAAUCAAGAAUGAUCUGAAAGCAAGGCUUUUAUGCUACAGGCAAGAUUGGACUGGUGGCUUCAGUGCUGGAAUCAGGAUCCUUGCUCCAACAACAUAUAUAUUCUUUGCUUCAGCAAUUCCAGUUAUAUCUUUUGGGGAGCAGCUGGAAAGAAAUACAGAUGGAAGUUUGACUGCUGUACAAACUCUUGCAUCAACAGCACUUUGUGGCAUCAUCCACUCUUUUGUUGGAGGACAGCCCCUGCUUAUACUUGGAGUUGCAGAGCCAACGGUAUUGAUGUAUACAUUUAUGUUCAACUUUGCAAAGGACCGAAAAGAUUUGGGUCAUAAACUCUUCUUAGCCUGGACAGGAUGGGUUUGUGUCUGGACAGCACUUUUGCUUUUCUUAUUGGCAAUUCUAGGGGCAUGUUCUAUAAUAAAUCGAUUUACACGUGUUGCCGGUGAAUUAUUUGGUCUAUUAAUUGCAAUGCUCUUCAUGCAGCAAGCUAUUCGGGGAGUUGUGGAGGAGUUUGGCAUUCCCCAGAGAGAAAAUCCUGAGCAAACAGCAUUGCAGCCUUCUUGGCGAUUUGGCAAUGGAAUGUUUGCACUAGUUCUGUCCUUUGGCCUCCUCCUCACUGCACUAAGGAGCCGUAAAGCAAGAUUCUGGCGCUAUGGAACAGGCGGGCUUCGAGGUUUUAUAGCUGAUUACGGGGUGCCACUUAUGGUGCUUGUGUGGACUGUUAUUUCUUACAUACCUGUUAAGGAUGUUCCAAGAGGGAUUCCAAGGCGUCUUUUCAGUCCAAACCCAUGGUCUCCUGGUGCAUAUUCUAAUUGGACUGUUAUCAAGGAAAUGGUGAUUGUGCCCCCUCUUUACAUAGUCGGAGCAUUUAUUCCAGCAACCAUGAUUGCCGUGCUUUAUUAUUUUGACCACAGUGUAGCAUCUCAACUUGCUCAACAGAAAGAGUUCAAUCUGAAAAAGCCACCUUCAUACCAUUAUGACCUGCUUCUUUUGGGAUUUCUGGUUAUUUUAUGUGGUCUUAUUGGCAUUCCACCAUCCAAUGGUGUUAUUCCACAAUCUCCAAUGCACACAAAAAGCUUAGCAACCCUUAAGCAUCAGCUUUUGCGUAAUAAACUUGUAUCAACAGCCCGAAAAAGUAUAAGUAAGAAUUCGAACCUGAGUCAACUAUAUCAGAGCAUGCAAGAGGCGUAUAACGAAAUGCAGACUCCACUUGUCUAUCAACUUCCAUCUACUUUGGGACUGAAAGAACUGAAAGAAUCCACCAUCCAACUAGCCUCAAGUACUGGCUACAUUGAUGCACCUGUUGACAAGACCAUUUUUGACGUGGAUAAGGAAAUUGAUGAGCUUUUACCUGUUGAAGUCAAAGAGCAACGUCUCAGUAACCUGCUUCAAGCAUUGAUGGUUGGUGGGUGUGUUGCAGCUAUGCCUCUUCUUAAGAAGAUCCCCACUUCUGUUCUUUGGGGUUAUUUUGCUUUCAUGGCCAUUGAAAGCUUGCCUGGGAAUCAAUUUUGGGAAAGAAUAUUAUUACUUUUCACUGCUCCAAGUCGAAGAUACAAGGUGUUGGAGGAGUAUCAUGCAACCUUUGUUGAGACUGUACCUUUCAAAACAAUUGCCACCUUUACCUUGUUCCAGACGGUUUACUUGCUGUUAUGCUUUGGCAUAACAUGGAUCCCAAUAGCUGGAGUCCUUUUCCCACUUUUGAUCAUGCUUCUUGUGCCAGUGAGACAAUAUUUGCUCCCCAAGUUUUUCAAAGGUGCCCAUCUUCAAGACCUUGAUGCUGCAGAAUAUGAGGAAGCUCCAGCCAUUGCCUACAACAUGACAUUUGAAGACCAGGAAUGCCAAGCAAGGACUACUCAUAUUGAUGGUGCAGAAAUUCUAGAUGAAAUUAUCACAAGAAGCCGUGGAGAAAUCCGGCAUACACAGAGUCCUAAGGUAUCAAGUACAACUCCGUCUUCACUGGGGGAUAUAAGACCUUACAGCCCACGAGUCUCCCAAAAGGCAUAUAGUCCGCGGAUUAGUCACCUGAGGGGGGAAGGAAGCCCCAGCUUGACUGCAAAGGGACUUGAAUUGAAGCAAACUCCAAGUCCUGGACCAUCUACACUUGGACAAAGCAGUCAUGGUUCAUCAUCAAGCUAAACAACCUCAUUUGUAAUUCUGUUUAGUGGUGAGUUUAAAUGUCAAUGGCACUCGAGAGGUCUUGUGCUUAGUUCAUGUAGCUAGAGUAGUCUUUUCAGUGUGCUUUCCAGUUCUGUCUAAAAUUAGGGUGAUUGUCAUUUGUCAGUUCUUUUCAUGUGCCUCCCAAUAGGCUGGGCAGAGGACUAUUUACGAUAAUGGAAUAUAUGUUUAUUUAACUAUUACGAAUUUUGGCUUGAA